GUAGGGGGGCUUGUGCAGCUCGAGCCGGAAAAAAUGGUGGCUUCCGGCUAAACCCCCUUCCUCUUUCAAAUCCCUCUCCCGUCGCCGCCGGCGCCGCCUCCCCCGCCCCUCCCUCUCUCCUUCCCCGUCCCACUCCGGCUCCCACUGUCUAACCCACCACAAUCGAACCCUAAACCCCGCGAAUCUCGUCCAAACCCUAAACCUCGUGAGCUGCCCCAGCCAUGCCGAAGGUCUUUGGCACCGGCGUCUUCGAGUUCCGGCACCCCCGCGCGGCGGAGUACCCUCUCCCCGCGGACGCCGCCCCCGCUACGACCGCGGCGCCCGACAAGGUCCCCGCGUCCACCGGCGGCGCCUCCAUCACGCUCCUCGACAUCCAGCGGGACCGCCUCACCCGCGUCGCUGUCGAGCACUGGGGCGCGGCCGCCGCCGCGGGGGCCUUCGAUGCGGACCUCGUCAGGGAGAUCUACGCCACCGAGCUCCGCGUCGAGGGUCGCGGCCGGAAGACCGUGCCGCUGCACCGCGUCAUGAUCCUCGAGGUCAGCCAGUACCUCGAGAACUACCUGUGGCCGCACUUCGACCCGGCGAACGCCUCCUUCGAGCAUGUCAUGUCCAUCAUCCUCAUGGUUAACGAGAAGUUUCGGGAGAAUGUGGCAGCGUGGACGUGUUUCCAUGACCGUAAGGAUGCUUUCAAGGGGUUCCUGUGGCGGGUUCUCAAGCUCAAGGAAGAGGAAAGGGCCCUUAAUAUGGCAGAGAAAACAAAUUACCUCCUGUUCAUGAUAAAUGCAUUUCAGAGUUUGGAGGAUGAGCUUGUCCGGGAAACUAUACUUCAGUUAGUUAGCCUAAAGCUGUGGAAUACUCUUUCUUUUGGACGACUUCAGAUGGAACUCUGCCUUAACCCUGAAUUGAUUAAGAAGUGGACCAAAAUCAAAAGAAGGGAAGCAAAGGAAGCAAAAAAGGCUGACCAACCUACCAAUCCUUCUGAAACGCUCGAGAAUAAAUUCCUUAGGAAUCUAAUUGAAGAAUUCUUGGAGAUUCUCGAUUCAAAGGUCAUAUUAUCCAGCCAAGAUGGUGGUGAAGAAUCUGUAUUGAAUGAGCCACUCGGUGGGCAGGUCGAUGAUUCUUGCGUCCUAUAUUGUGAGAGAUUUAUGGAAUUUCUGAUUGACAUGUUGAGCCAGCUUCCUACUAGAAGGUUUUUGAGGCCCCUAGUUGCUGAUGUUGCUGUCGUUGCUAAGUGCCACUUAAGUGCACUCUAUACUCAUGAAAAGGGACGCCUUUUUGCACAGUUGGUUGACUUGCUGCAGUUUUAUGAAGGCUUUGAGAUUAAUGAUCAUUCUGGAACACAGCUUGGUGAUGAUGAUAUCCUGCAAGCUCAUUAUUCUCGUUUCCAAGCUUUCCAGCUGCUAGCAUUUAAGCAAGUGGCUAAGUUGCGAGAUUUUUCCUUGUCUAGUAUUGGUUCACUGCAUAAGCGAGCUGACUUAACAAAAAAGCUGCUUGUCUUGUCGGAUGUGGAACUGCAAGAUCUGGUUUGUAACAAGCUCAAGUUAAUCUCAGAGAAAGAUCCAUGCAGUGGAAGGCGUGAUUUUCUUAUAGAAGUCCUAGUUGCUUUUUUUGAGAAGCGGCAAUCCCAAAAAGAUGCAGUAAAUGCACUUCCUCUUUAUCCAAAUGAGCAGAUCAUGUGGGACGAAAGCCUUGUUCCUAGUAUUAAUUACUCUGGAGAAGGCUGUCUUGCUCUCCCAAAACUCAAUCUCCAAUUCCUGACGCUUCAUGAUUAUUUGUUAAGAAAUUUCAAUCUGUUUCGUCUUGAAUCAACCUAUGAAAUUCGUGAAGAUAUUCAGGAAGCUGUUCCUCAUCUACAUGCUCAUAUCAACAAUGAGGGAGAGACUGCCUUCCGUGGAUGGUCCAGAAUGGCUGUUCCAAUCAAGGAAUUUAAGAUUAAAGAAGUGAAGCAGCCAAACAUUGGUGAAGUUAAACCUUCUGCUGUAACUGCUGAUGUUACUUUCAGCAUAUCGAGCUACAGGCAUCAGAUAAAAUCUGAAUGGGAUGCUCUGAAGGAGCAUGAUGUUCUAUUUUUGCUGUCAAUCCGCCCUUCUUUUGAGCCUCUUAGCCCUGAAGAGGCUGCGAAAUCAACUGUACCAGAAAGGCUAGGAUUGCAAUAUGUACGUGGGUGUGAGGUCAUUGAAAUUCGUGAUGAGGAAGGAACACUCAUGAAUGACUUCACAGGAAAGAUAAAGCGAGAAGAAUGGAAACCACCCAAGGGUGAGAUGCGUACUGUCCGAAUUGCACUAGAUACUGCACAGUACCACAUCGAUGUAACUGAAACAGCAGAGAAGGGUGCAGAAAAUGUCUAUGGAACAUUUAAUAUUCUAAUGAGAAGGAAGCCCAAGGAAAAUAAUUUCAAAGCAAUCUUGGAAUCUAUACGUGAUCUAAUGAAUGAAACAUGUGUGGUUCCAGAAUGGUUGCAUAACAUAUUCUUGGGUUAUGGAAAUCCUUCUGCUGCGCAGUGGAUAAAUAUGCCUGAUCUUCUGGAAGUUAUAGAUUUCAAGGACACUUUUCUUGAUGCUAACCAUGUACAGCAGAGUUUUCCAGAUUAUCAGGUUACAUUUAUCAAUUCUGAUGGUACAGAAAACCUGCAUCCAAGCCCUCCUUUUAAGAUUAGGCUGUCCAAGAAAUUGAGGGAAAGCAGUCAUGCCCUACCCGGCAAUGUGAACUCCAGUUUAUCUGUUAAGAACAACGAUAAUAUGGCUGAUGGUGAGUCUCAGAAAGAGAAACUAAUUGUUGAGACUUACAUUCCAGCUGAUCCUGGGCCAUAUCCUCAAGAUAAACCUAAGCAGAACUCAGUGAGGUUCACACCCACCCAGAUUGGUGCUAUAAUAUCCGGUGUUCAACCUGGGUUGACAAUGGUUGUUGGUCCUCCUGGUACGGGGAAAACAGAUACAGCUGUGCAGAUAUUAAAUGUUCUAUAUCAUAACUGUCCUUCGCAAAGGACACUGAUUAUAACCCAUUCGAAUCAGGCUUUGAAUGACUUGUUUGAGAAGAUAAUGCAGAGGGAUGUGCCUGCUAGGUACCUUCUCCGCCUUGGUCAGGGCGAGCAAGAGCUUGCCACUGAUCUUGAUUUUAGCCGUCAAGGUCGUGUUAAUGCUAUGCUUGUCCGACGGCUAGAGCUGCUAGGUGAAGUUUCUAAAUUGGCGAGAUCUCUUCGCCUUCCAGAAGAUGUGGGUUACACAUGUGAAACUGCUGCAUAUUUUUGGUUAUUACAUGUUUAUGCUCGUUGGGAACAAUUCUUAGCUGCCUGUGCGCAAAAUCAAGAUAAUCCCACUUUUGUCAAAGACCGGUUCCCAUUUUCGGAGUUUUUUUCAGAUACUCCACAGCCUAUUUUUACCGGUGAGUCUUUUGAGAAAGAUAUGCAUGCAGCCAAGGGUUGUUUCAAACAUCUUUCAACAAUAUUCCAAGAGCUGGAAGAGUGUCGGGCUUUCGAACUACUUAAGUCAACGGUGGAGAGAGCAAAUUAUCUAAUGACGAAACAGGCGAAGAUUGUCGCCAUGACUUGUACUCAUGCAGCAUUAAAGAGGCGAGACUUUCUUCAAUUAGGUUUCAAAUUUGACAAUUUACUGAUGGAAGAAAGUGCACAGAUAUUGGAGAUAGAAACUUUUAUCCCUAUGCUGCUGCAACGACAGGAAGAUGGCCAUGCUCGUCUUAAACGUUGCAUUUUAAUUGGCGAUCACCAUCAGUUACCCCCUGUGGUGAAGAACAUGGCUUUUCAGAAGUACAGUCACAUGGACCAGAGUCUGUUUACUAGGUUUGUUCGUCUUGGUAUCCCUUAUAUUGAGCUCAAUGCUCAGGGUCGUGCAAGACCUAGUAUCGCUAAACUCUAUAACUGGAGAUACAGAGAGCUGGGAGAUCUGCCUUAUGUGCGUGAGCAAGCGAUCUUCCAUAAAGCUAAUGCUGGGUUCUCUUUUGAGUAUCAGUUGGUUGAUGUUCCUGAUUAUAAGGGCAAAGGCGAGUCUGCCCCCUCUCCUUGGUUCUACCAGAAUGAAGGGGAGGCUGAGUAUAUUGUCAAUAUAUAUAUCUACAUGCGCCUGAUUGGCUACCCUGCCAAUAAGAUUUCAAUAUUAACCACCUACAAUGGCCAGAAGCUUCUUAUUCGUGAUGUCAUAAACAAAAGAUGCAAGCCAUGGAAUAUUGAGCCACCUAACAAGGUCACCACUGUGGACAAGUUCCAGGGUCAGCAAAAUGAUUUCAUUUUACUCUCUCUUGUCCGGACCCGUUUUGUGGGCCAUCUCCGUGAUGUUAGGAGACUUAUUGUGGCUAUGUCCCGUGCUCGUCUGGGCUUGUAUGUGUUCUGCCGGCGUUCACUGUUUGAACAGUGUUACGAAUUGCAGCCAACAUUCCAGCUUCUCCUCCAAAGACCCGAUAAACUUGCCUUGAAUCUUGAGGAGUGCACUCCAUUUACAGAGCGACCUUUGGGGGAAACUGGAAAUAUCCAUUAUGUUACUGGUAUUGAAGACAUUGAACAUCUUGUUAAGUUCAGACUGGAACAUCUUAGUCAGAUGCAAUAUAUGCAGUAUUAUGCUCCUCCAGCAAAUGAGCUACCUCCAGCAGCGCCAGAAAAUAUUGCUGAUGUAGUACCUCCAGAAAACGGCAGUGUUCUGAAUCAGCCAAAGGAGCACAUGGCAGUGGAAGAAAAUGGUGGUGCAAGUGACACCACGGUCAGUAACAAGAUGGAGGAAGAUGCGGUUGAAGCAAAGGAUGGAACGAUGCAGGAAGGAAACAAGAUGAGUGAAGGGAAUCGUGACGGUGACGUGGCUGCAAAGGAUAAGGGCGAAGAACAUGAUGAUGCAAAUGACAAGAUGGAGGAAGGAGAUGCCUCGUUGAAGGACAAGAUUGAGGAAGAAAAUUCAGAGCCGAAGGACAAGAUGGAUGAAGAGUGAGGUGUGGUGGUGGCCAGUUCGGAAAUUGGCGAAGGCUGAUGGCCCCUGGAGAUGUGGGCAGCACCAAGAUAUGUUGCGGCAGUUAAUGAUGGUAAAGGUUGUUUACUAUCUUGGUCAGCCUGUGCAGGGAAAUGUUCAGGCAACGGUGUCUUCAUGUAUCCCACAUGUGUUUAAAUGGUGUAGGAGGUUUUUGGCAGUUUGUCUGAAUCGCUCGGAUAUCAGAGAUUCGGAGCUAGCGUUAGCGUGCACAAAAAAGUUUCGUCAGGAGCUCUCUCCUUGACAUGACUGCUCGAGCACACAGCCGGAACGUGAUUUUGUAAACUUGAUUGUUGUAAUUUUGGCCCGACUAGCGUUGGAAUUUUUGCAGAUUUGAUAGCCCUACUAGACUACUGCUGUCAUGUGAAGGCAUAUAAAUUAGGCCAAAUGUUACCGAAAAAUGGUGUUAAAAAGUUUUGAGCUCCGUGCUCGUCUUUACAGUGUAUCUUGACAAUUUGUUGCCUGAAUGGCUGAAUCUAUGGGCAACGGUUCUCACAA